UAAACAGUAUAUUUAAGGUGUUGAAUAUUGUUUGUGGUGUUAAUACUGUGAUUUUCGUUGAAAUAAGUUCUACAAAAUGUGCAGUGAAAUCUGGGACAAAAUAUCAGAAAAAAACUGUCGCCUCGGCGAUCUGUUUUUGUAUGCUAUGAAGAAACGACCAGAUGCUGUGUGCUUGAUAGAUGCAGCAACGGGCGAGACAGAAACAAAUGCAUCUGUUUUAUCUCGUUCAAUAACUCUCGCAAGAUGUUUCAGAAGACUGGGAUUUCAAGUAGGUGACGUGAUUUCAUUGAGUGGACCAAAUAACAUUGACCUCCAUAUUCCGUAUUUCGCAGCAAUAUUGAACGGAAUGCCUCUGAUUGGCGUAGAUCCUACUUUUAAAUACGAUGAAAUAGAAAAAGUAUUAAGUGUAACGAAACCGAAAAUAUCAUUCUGCACGACUGUGUCCUACGUUGACUACAUUAAUGCGAUUCGAAAACUAAACCUCGACACGAGAGUGGUUACAUUUGAUGACGGUGAUCACUCUAUGGCCAAUUUCAUAGACAAUUAUAACUCUAAAGAAGAUAAUGAUGAGGAGUUUAAGCCAGCAACAUUUGACGCUGAGAAGAAUUUCGCGUGGUUGUUAUGUACAAGUGGUACUUCAGGCUCUUUCAAGGUAGCAGCAAUCACCCACAAAUCGAUAUUGGAUUCCGUUCGCGAAACUUUCACUAAACUAUCUAUAGAAAGGAGGAGAAAUAAGAAAACGUUGAUAUUAUCACCAAUUCAAUGGAUAACAUGUAUCGCCGAUAAUAUAUAUGCACCAUUGUUAGAAUCUAUUAAGCUACAGACAUCGUCACCAUCGAUAGAAAACUUUAUCGAUAUUAUAAACGAACAUAAGCCCGUAACCGUAAUUACGAGCGCAUCGACUCUAACAUACAUUUUGAGUAACGACAAGAAAUGCGAUUUAACUUGCUUUGACAGUAUUUUAAUAACAGGUGGAAAGGUUCGUAAGGAUCUAAUAACUGAAUUGAAGUCUCGAAUGCGAAAAGAUGCAGUUGUUGUUGAAGUUUAUGGACAGACCGAAUCGAUAGGGCCGGUCUUGCAACCAACUAUUAAUGCACCACUGGGUAGUUGUGGAAAAGCGACGUCCACAUUUCAAGUUAAACUUGUCGAUCCUGAAACUGGAAAGGAAAUUACUGAUCCCAAUACUCCCGGUGAAAUGUGGAGGAAAGGACCGAGCUUCACGGAGUAUUACAAUAAUCCAGAAGAAACAGCCAAGGCAUUCACGGAGGACGGCUGGUACAAAACUGGGGACCUUCUGUACAGAGAUCUCGACGGCAACUACUACUUUGUGGAGCGACUCAAGAUGCUCAUAAAAUACAAAAGCUAUCAUGUGAUCCCAUUAGAACUGGAGGAGCUGAUACGAACCCACUCCGGUGUUUUGGACGUCGGUGUGACAGGCGUGCCUAACGAGCGUGACGGUGAGCUUCCAGUCGCGGUGGUGGUCCGUAAGCCAGGGUCCGACGUCACUGCUCAGGAGAUAAAGGAUUUGGUCGCUAACAAACUAUCGGAAAGCAAAUUACUAAGAGGUGGCGUGGUAUUUGUAGACGAGUUGCCGUUGACAUCAAUUGGAAAAGUAGCGCGCUUGAUACUCCGUCAAAUUGCAAUAAACGCAAACCGAGAAUAA